AUGUCGAUCGCUGAUAUGGCUGGCGACGUCGCGGGCCCAUCUGCGGCCGCCGCAACGACGAGCAGCCAAGGCUACUGCACCUUCUGCGUGUUGGCAGAAUUCGACAUCGAUCGCGGCUCCACCCUCUCGCAUCAAUACCCUGCUCCGACCGGCUACGACGAACACAUGCUGGCAGAGCUCAUGCUACCCGAUGGUGUCCAUGCAAGGACAGAAGACUGGACCUUUUUCUUCCUCAAACCGCCCGGCACCAAGCGUGUCGCUCUCCACACCGAUAAUUCCGAUCUCUCUCAGACGCACUAUGCAACAGACUCGACGUCAUGGCUAUCGAACGAUCUCACCUAUGUCAUCAACUUGGUCCGUACCAAGCACGACAACACGGUGCGUCGAGGCGCCCUGGUCAAAGCAAUGGCUAUUGGCACUCGCUUCCCCUUUAUCGACAUCUUCAAGCCCGCACUGUUGCUUGCCCUCGACGACUACUUCAAGGAGCCCGGUCCGGAAUGCCUGGCACGGCUGUACGACUCUAUCAACCGCCUCGAUCUUUCGACCGCACCUUCCUUCACUCGCGCCGAGAAGCUCGUUCUCCGCGGCUCGGAUCGUCGCGACCUCUUCGAAGAGCGCUUCGUCGCCGCUCAGCGCUCCGAAGUGGACACGACUCCGAUCAGUUCCACACCGACUGGAGAGAUCGAGACAAGCCGCUCAUCUCCGACCGAUGGCGCCAGCAUCGAGACCUCACGGCGUCGCACAGACAGCACAUCCACCUUUUCAUCCGAGACGAAAUCGCUCAAGAAGAAGCUCAGCACAGCCUCGCUGCGUCCCGCGCUUGGCGCACGUCGUGGUUCCUCCGCCAACUCGAUAGUCGGUGUCGCGGCAGGAGCGUCAGACAGGAAGUCGAUCUCGAACCCGGCCAUGCUUCCAUCUGGAUCAGCGAGACCGCGUGAUACCCACUACUUCGAUACUCUCCUCACCUACCGCAACGUUGCUUUGCCCAUUCGCGUGCCGCUCACCACGUUUCCCGAAGAGGUCGGCGAGUACUCACUCAUUCGCCUCAUACAGACGUUUUCAGGUCCGCAGUCCACGCCGACAGGACCGAUCCACCCUCAUUUGCAUACCAACGGCCCCUCGACACAUCCCAUCAUCGUCCUCUUCAAUGCUCUCAUCACACAGAAGCGCGUCAUCUUUCUAGGAUACGGACAACCCGCCAACCAUGUAGCCAGCUUCGUCUUGGCCGCUUGUGCCCUCGCAUCCGGGUGCGGUGUCGUUCUGCAAGGGUUCGCCGCUCGAGCUUUCCCCUACACCAACCUGCUCAAUCUUGACGAUCUCGAAAAGGUGCCCGGCUACAUUGCCGGUGUCACCAAUCCACGCUUCGAGGAUCUGCAUGCUUGGGAUCUGCUGCUCAACGUAGAAACAGGCCGAAUCCAAGUCGCAAAGGACGUUGCUCCUGCCGUGCCACCUGCCAGCGCACCGUCACAGGCACUGCUGCGAUCAUCGACAAUGCCUCGCGAUGGCGCUGGUCUGUCGGCCUCCAACACCUUUGGCAGCGUCUCUAGCGCGAGCGGCCAGGACAUUAGAGCCACCGUCGACACCGAGCUUGCGCAGUUCGGGGCGCUCCCAAGCAGUUCGAACGGCGCCGUCUCCAACGCGCCUCUGCCAAACAAAGCAUCCAGCCUCGGCGGUCCUACGUCGCGAGACCGCAACAACGCUUCGCAGUUUGAUUCACGUUUCGACCCCAGCAACGCGCUGUUCCUCGAGGAGCUUCAAAGCGCCAUCGCAUCGCAUUACGGCGAGCGCUUCGUCCGUGCUCGAGUCCAAGAGUACGUCUUCCUCUUUGUUCAGCGUGUCGCGCGCCACGAAGAGCACUUUUACGGCCGUACAUCGCUUGCACCCACGUGCCAGCCGUUCCUCAACGGGCAGUUGGGCUCUGGCCCAGUCUACGUCGACCGCGAAGCAGAGAUGCGCGAGAUCUUGUCGAACCAGAUGCGCAUCGAAGGAUUCCGAUCCACCAUCGCCUACGAUUUGCUCGUGAUCGAAUUGCAAAAGUAUGGCGGUUAUACACAGGCCAUCCGCUCCUUUGAUCUCGGGCAUCAGAUCGGGCGUUUGCGCAGAGCCAAGAAGUUGCUUGCGGGCGAGUCGGAUCUGAUCUUUGAGACGAUCGCAAAGAGCGUCGUGACGCACGAUCAGAUCGUCGAAGUCUUGGCGCUGUUGCCACCACACACGGGAGGGCUGCUUCCCUUGGCCUUGGGCCUCUUCCAUCCUUCAGCGGCUGCCAGAGAUGCUGUGAUGGAUUUCCUGCUCCGCCUCUGUCGGCAUCCGGUCGGCCGCAAGUUUGUGCAAAGCAUGCAUACCUACCACAGACUGGCGUUUGCGAGGCUUGCUCAGGAGCGCGCCGAGAUCGAAGCGGCCGGAGCAGUGGCGGCGAGUACGAGCGAAGAGAUUCAAGAGCUGAGCAUGCGCACGUCAUCACAGUCGACUCUUCCCUCGGCACCGCUGCUUUCAAGCCAGACGACAGACACCGACAGCGUCGCAGGGGUCGUCACAUCGCCUGUGGAUGAACCGUCCACUAUCAAACGUGCGACGGCUAGCGAUGAAGAGCAGUCGAUAGCUGCCAACACGUCAAAAGCGUCGAUGGACGAAACUUCGUACGUGUCCAGCAUGCGCGGCAUGAACCAUCCCUUCCAGUCAUUCAGUCCUGUCAAGGACAACCCUAACGUUUCACAGGCUUGA